GACCUCAAAUCUCCUUAUCCAGAGACUUCAUUCUCUCCUAAGAACAAGAAUGUUCAAAAAUCCAACUAUAGAAUGCUGAAGUUAGUGGAAGAGUUAUUGGAAACUGAGGAAAAGUACAUUAUUUCUAUGAAGGUACUACAAAACUUCUACUUGGAAACCUUUGCAAUCAACAAGAAGGAAGUGCCAGUUCCAAUUCAACAACUUAAAUUCUAUCUUUCUAUUCUAAUCACCACACAUGAUAGUAUGUUGAAAAGUAUGAAAGAGGUUAUCGAGAAAAGAACCGAUUUGGUUGCGAAUAUUGAAGAGAUCGCACAGUUGGUGGCAGAAAAAGGAAUUUGCACCCAUAUAUAUCUGGAGUACUGCAAUGUUUUCGAAGGUGUUUUAAAGAUCAUCAGAGACAACAAACUUCUUCGAGUCAAUGAAGCUAUGUGGGACAGCAAGUGGAUCAAAGGUUGGGAAACAUAUUUAGAGGCUACGCAACCAGGAACCAAACACAUGGACUUGUCUUUCUACUCAUUGAUUCAAAGACCAGUUGCUAGAAUUGGCAAGUACAAGUUAAUGAUUGAAUCAUUGACAAAGUGUUCGAUCAAAAAGAAAUUGAGUCUAGAAAGUAUCUAUUGGGUUGUGAGAUCCAAACUUAAUUACAUCAACAACGUCAGUAAGGAAUUCAAGGGCAAUGAGAUUAAUGACUCGGUCAAUCUAUUGGUAGACUUCAGUGGAAUUGAAACAAACAUGGUAACUUCUCUGCAAUUUUUUGGUUCUAUUCUACAAAUUGGAGCUAUUGCAUCUAUUUGGGUGGAAGAUGGAAAAUGUAUUGGUAGAACUUUAGCUGCAUUCCUAUAUAAGAGCCAUUUACUUCUUGUCGACUUUGCCAAAGUGGACAAGAGUAAAAAACACGAGAUCAAGUUUUUGGUUCCUCUAUCGAAAUGUGCGUUAGUAAACCAUUUCACUGAAACAGAUGGAGGGCUAUUUUGUAGUCUCAAUAACACCAUCAAGAUCAUAUUUGAGAAAAAGUUUUGGCAGUACGAAGUCCUCUUCGUGUUCAUCAACCUGGAAGAGAAGUCUAUCUGGAGUAAUUACCUUCAUACCCUUAUCAAUGAAGUCAAUGGCCCUUACCCCAUGAAUUAUAAGGAUGCUCAAAGAGAGUAUCUUUGUGUACAUCCUCCUGCAAUGGAUCCCUACGAUAUCAAUCUUCUCUAUUUGGACUACAACAAACAUAAACACUCUUGCUACUUCAAAGAUACAAAGUGUGUUCACGUCAUCCUGGAC